GGCGCGUCGCGCCUACGUCAUUUGGAAGCGCCACCAGAUAUGUCUGCAAGGCGAUCGUAAACGGGUGUUGCUCUUCAUGUAAAAUGUGUGAAGCACAAUUUUCAUCGGCUCUUCAGGAUCGUAAACAAUGUUUGCAGGAGCUCACAGACUUUACCGAAAGUUGUCAAGCGGAGCUGAAGGAUUUGCUGGAGGCGUUGGGAUGGAGCCCAGAGGUUGAUGCAAAUGCUACUCAGAUGGAAGUGUGCCCAUAUGAUCCAAACCAUACAGUACCUCGGGACAGGAUGGAGAAACACAAGGCUUCCUGUCAGCUUAGUCAGCUGGGAUACACUAAAGAAGAGCAGGCUGAAAUGUGUGACCCUUUAGUGUACUAUGAAAAAAUGAACAUUCCUUCCAUAAUUGUCGAUAAAGAGACGCUGCAGCAAGUAAUUCUUCAGGCUCAGGCAAAUGCCCCUCCCAUGAGAUCUGAAGGACUCUAUGCACAAUGCGAUUACUCUUCAGAUCCUCCUGAUGUACCUCACAAUCAUGAACGGGCAUUAUGCGAUCUCACUGUGGCAGACCGAUUGGCCCUUUAUGAUCACGUGACACAAGAGGCCAGCCAACAAUGUGCAAUGAAGGAAUCCAACAACGAGGAUCUUUAUGUAGAUCUUGUCGCUAAACUUAAAAAAGGUGAUGAACGGAGUGGACCAAAGUCUCAUCUGGAGGUGUUGGCUGAGAUGAGGGACUACAGGAGACGCAGGCAGUCUUACAGAGCAAAAAACGUUCACAUCACCAAGAAGUCUUAUACAGAGGUUAUUAGGGAGGUGAUUGACGUCCACUCUGAUGAGCUUUCCAGGAUUUGGCAGGAAGAGAAGGAGGAUGAGUCUAAAGCAUCACAUCAGUCAUCACACAGAAGGACGUCUGAGAAAGACAGAUCAGCAUCUGUCGAAUCACGUGACUCUCGUGUCAGCUCUCGAGACGAGCACGGGCGAAAACGGCAUCGCAAACGCAGUCGUAGUCGCAAACGCAGUCGAGAGCUCAGCAGAGAAAGGGAGAGCAAAAGUAAAAGGGAUUCACGUUCUCCAGAUGCAGAGAGACAUCACAAGAAAAAGAAGAAGAAAAGGAAGUCUUAAAAUUGUGUAAAUAAACUGUGGUGUGAUGUAAGGAAAUAAGCAUGUGCUGUUGUUAUUUUUAAUAUGGCCCAUUAUUUUCACUUCUCAUAUCAACUGUGUCAUAUUUUGUUUUUUGAAUAGUGUGCUACUGUAGAACGUGAAUAAAUAUUUGCCAAAAUGUUUUAGCAGUUUGUAGGUUUUGGCUUUAUUUAAUCUCCAUGGUCCUGAUAUGUCUUCAUAUUUUAGGUAUGUGACAGAAUUUUAAACAUGGUUAAAUGCUAAAACUAGUUGUUCAGAUAGAAAGAGCUUAAAAAAACUUUGCAGUGACACCAAGACCAUGUCUAUGGGU